AAUCCCCAAAUCCACAGACCCUUCUGUAGCACAGCUUUCACAUAUUCAUAAUCUGCUGACAAUGGUAGUUCUUCGAUCCUGUAAGUUUGCUGGUCGUUCUUUAUCAUCAAAUUUUAGUUCCAUUUCCAGGGUUUUAUUCAAUGCCUCAUUUUCUGCAACAAUCGCACAAACCCCUUCGAUUCAGCAUCAUGAUGUACUACUGUAUAAGCGAAUUUCACCGGCGGCAAUAACGCCUAGGAAUUCAAUUGUUCCGAUUCUUGAUCAAUGGUUACAAGAAGGUAAUGAAAUCAUAGUUGAUAAGCUCAAAGACAUGAUCAAAAUUCUCAGGAAUCACAAUCGAUAUACGCAUGCUCUCCAGCUGUCUGAAUGGAUGACUAACAGAAGUUACCUCGACCAAUCAUCAGGGAACAUUGCAGUUCAUUUGGAUUUGGUUUCAAGAGUUCAUGGUCUGGAACAGGCUGAGAAGUUCUUCGAUACCAUCCCAGACUCCUUGAAGAAUUUUAAGGUCUAUGGAACUCUCUUAAACUGUUACGCUUUCAAGAAAUCAUUGGAGAAAGCUGAGGCCACCAUGGAGAAGAUGAAACAGUUGGGGUAUAUGACUUCACAUUCGUACCACAGUAUGCUCAGUCUAUAUAACAAGACCAGAAAUCAUGAAAAGUUAGUCGCACUCAUUCACGAAAUGGAAAAAACAGGCGUUCGCUAUCACAGAACAACAUAUUACCUUCAGUUAACUGCAUAUGCUUCUUUCGACAUUAAGGCAAUGGAGAAGCUUCUUGGUUACAUGGAAGCCAAUCCUAAUCUCUCCCUCGACUGGCAUGUUUACAUCAUUGCUGCCAAGGGAUACCUAAACUUUCAUCAACAUAAAAAGUCCCAAGAAAUGCUAAAGAAAUCAGAAGGAUAUGUCCAUGAGAAUACAAAUGGGGUUGCUUAUGAAAUCCUGGUCACCAUGUAUGCUAAUCUGGCUGAAAAAGACGAUGUUUAUCGUAUAUGGGAUUUAUACAAGAAAAGAUGGAGAAAAAUAAACGAUAAAAGGUAUCACCAUAUGAUAAGCUCGUUAGUGAAGUUGGACGACAUUGAUGGAGCAGAGAAGAUUGUGGCUGAAUGGGAAUCUGUAACAAGGUCGUUUUGCUUCUGGGUACCUAACGUUUUGGUCAAUGCGUAUAGCACGAAGGGCGAUUGGAAGAAGGCUGAAACUUAUGUAGAGAGAUUAGCUGGUAUGGGGAAGCAACCGAGUACAAGCACGUGGGAUAUUUUGGCUACUACGUUCUGUAAACAUGGGCAGAUGGAGAAGGGCGUAGAUGCAAUGAGGAAAGCGAUUUUGAGUCAUCACCAUGAUCAUUCGAAACUAAAUCAAGUCACUUUGACAGCAUGUUUGAAGUAUUUGGAAGAGAAGGGCGAUAUGGAAGAAGCAAAGGAUUUUGUACAAGUAAUGGAUGGGCGCGUAUUGAUAUAGAAACCAAACCAAACGAAACCAGUAUAUCCUACAUAGAGGUAGGGUCUGUUGGGUGGGGGUAAUGAUAUGGAAUCUGUAGCAUGAAAAGCUGUCAGGAACCUGUGUCUGAAUCGAGUGUCGAAUAAGGUGGUUAUGGAACUCUCCCUCAAAAAGCAUGGUUAGAGAUCAUUUACACCCUCAGAUCGGUUCGUAAUGCUUGGAACCAAGAUGUUACAGGUCUCACAUUUGAAUUUCAGAUAUGCUAUCAACUCAUAUAUUGAAUGGUUCACAUAUGAACUAAUUAAGGGGUUCACAUACGGACAUAUAAUUCAUAUGUGUA